ACACUCUCAGUUCCUCUCUGUUCCUCUCACGCGUUGGUCACUCUUUACAUCUUCAUCUUCAUCACCGUCUUGGCAAAAUUUUCCAUAUCGUUGUCAACAAACUUUACGUCCCGACUAAAUAUUUGCUCGUGAUUUAAGUACUUCCAUUUAGCACAUUUUCUCAAACAAACAACAUCAACAAAAAGAACGUCUUGCUCAAGUCUGAUUUCGGGAGAAGAACAACACUGAAAAUGAAGCUGGGUGAGCAGGUUUGGAUAACGGCGGCGGUGGACGACGACACGGCCGUGAAGGCCCUCGUGCUGGGACGCUCCCUGCGACGUUCCGUCACCUCGAGGAAAAUUGCGGUCGUGGUGUCGAAACCAGUUUCGGACAAGCUACGGAAAUUGUUGUCCACGGAAUUUGACCAAGUUCUUCGACUGGAUAAGCUGGCCUACAUGUCGACGGAAAUGAACGGACUGCCCAUGACUAUCCACUCAAAGCUGAUGUGCUGGGGACUUCCCUUCGUGAACCAGGUCGUCUUCCUCCAUCCCGACCACUUUGUUGUACGAAAUGCGGACGAGUUGUUUGAGCUGAAAGGCGAUAACAUUGCCUUUUCCGGGGACGGAUCUGUGCUCCGCAUUAAACCAGACUUGGACUUGUUUGAAGAGAUUUUGGGGGCUGUGAGGGAGCGAAAGAUUCACAGUGGUGACUUGGUGAAAGCGGAGGGCGAGUUGUCCGCCUGGCUCAACAAACGAGGCCUCCUCACGAUCUGCAACGACUCGAAAUUCUCCGUCCGGGUCGCUUCAACCGACCUUCUCGCCCGAAACGAGGAGCAAGUGUCGAUUUGUAGCUUUGUGGAUUGGCAUCCCCUUCACAAAAAGGGCUCCCCUGAUCAUUUCGGACUUGUCGAAAAAGCCGUUAUCCGUCAAUGGCGUGACAUUUUUGAAAAAGACAUUCAGCCCCAUCUGAACCUGGGCACUGGGGCCAUUGCAGCGCACGACAUUCCCGUGGACUUUUCUGGGAUGGAAGAACCUGUGGCGAUUGUGGGGAUGAGUUGCCGCUUCCCAGGCGCAGACUCUGUCGAGGAGUAUUGGGACUUGCUCAUUGAGGGGCGAGAUUGCAUUCAGAAGGUGCCCGAACACCGGUGGCCUUCAGCCAAGGGACAGGAGUUCCGCGAUGUGCAGGCCGGAUUUCUGAAAUGCCCUGUGGACAGCUUCGAUGGAAAGUUUUUUGGCAUUUCGCCCGCCGACUUGAUGAAUACGGAUCCGCAGCAGCGCCUGCUCAUGGAAGUGGUCUGGGAAGCGUUGGAGGACGCUGCCAUCAAUCCACAAAAUUUGAAAGGCACGUCGACUGGAGUGUUUGUCGGCUCGUGGACCAGCGAUUAUCGCGACCUGAUCAACGACCAACCCGGCUCCGUCUUGGACUCGGAACUGGUCGAGUUUCACCGCCUGUACAUGGGAAACUCCUUGGGCGGCACUGGGGGACGACUCGCUUUCCUCCUGGGAUUAACUGGACCAAAUGUUGCCACCGAGUCGGGCUGCUCGUCAGGAAUGGUGGCGAUUUAUCUUGCGACGGAAGCUCUACGAGCGGGGAGAUGUCGCGUGGCGAUUGCCGGUGGUGUGAACCUGCUUCUUCAUCCAUUCAAGAGGAAGCACAUGCAGUCGAUCAUUGCGCCGGACGGGAGAUGCAAAACGUUUGAUGAGAAGGCUGAUGGCUUUGGUCGUGGGGAGGGAGUGGCGUCACUCAUUCUGAAAAAGUACUCGGACGCGGUGCGCGAUGGGGACCGCGUUUAUGCUCUCAUUCGUGGCACCGGGAUUUCCCAAGAAGGAACCUCCCGCUCCUUCGGCACACCCACGAAGGAGUGCCAAGAGCUGGCCAUGAAGACGGCGCUGGCGAAUGGGGGUCUCGCUCCGAAUGAGGUUUGCUAUGUGGAAGCUCACGGGACAGGAACGAUGGUUGGCGAUCCUGUCGAAAUGGCCGCCAUCACUAGCGUCUACUCGAAAGGAAGAACCACUCCGCUGGUCGUGGCCUCUGGAAAAACUAAUAUCGGGCACACAGAAAGUUGUUCAGGCUUUGCAGGGAUUAUCAAGGUGGUUCUGGCCAUGCAACACGACAUCAUUCCUCCACACAUUCACCUUGAAAAGGUCAACCCACACAUAAAUUUUGACGCCAUUCCUGCCGUCGUGCCCCUCAAGGCGAUGGAGUGGAAGGGGUCAGUUGACAAACCUCGUCUCGUGGGCAUCAGCUCCUUCGGUAUCACGGGCACAGAUGCGCACAUUAUUAUCCAGGAGCCCCCAAAGUACACUCCGUCUCAACUGCACACGUCCCUUCAGCGUCCCCUCCAUCUCCUCACCAUCUCCGCCAAGAGCGACGCAGGGCUGGACAACGUGCUCGAAAAGUAUGUCUCGUUCUUGGAGAAGAAUGAGAAAUCGUUGGCACUUGGUGACGUGGCUUACACGGCCAACACGGGACGCGCCCACUUUCCAUACAGGGUCGCCAUCGUGGCAAAAGACGUGGCGGAUGCGGUGAAAAAGGUCAAGGGUUCCAUUCAAGGGGCAAAGAAACACACUCCUGAGGAGCAGCCCAAACUCUGCUUCCUCUUCACGGGUCAAGGUUCACAAUACGAGGGAAUGGCACAAUCCUUGUAUGAAACAUGUCCCACGUUCCGAAUGCAUUUCGACCAAUGCGCAAAUAUUCUGAAACUGCGAUUUGGCUUGGAUUUGAAGCCCAUAAUUUGGCCGACAUCUCCUCAGGCUGAGUCCGCUUUGAAACGAUCGCUGUACAGCCAGACGGCCAUCUUCUGCGUGGAGUUUGCCCUCUCGCAACUCUGGCUGAGCUGGGGGCUGAAACCGGACAUGGUUCUGGGUCACAGCUUGGGAGAAUUCGGUGCUGCCGUGUGCGCAGGACUGGUCAGUUUGGAGGACGCCUUGACCUUGGUGGCUGAAAGGAGCCGUCUCAUUGAAGCCCAGGCCAAGGGGUCGAUGUUGGUCGUGAAGAGAGACCGUUCGAAGGUGGAGCAGUGUCAGAAGGAGUUUUUCACGUCCUCCCCAAAUGGCUGGUUGGACCUGGCAGCUGUCAACUCGUCGGAACAAACAGUGGUUGCUGGACCGCCAGAAGUGGUUAAAAAAUUUUCCGAAUUUUUAGAGAAGAAAAACAUAAAGAGCACGGUUUUAGAAGCGACGAAUGCUUUCCAUUCGAGAGAUAUGGACCCAAUGUUGGAGGAGUAUCGGGCAAUUGCCUCCAAAAUCAAGUUCAAUGAUGUCAAAUCUUCUGGGGUCCAAUACAUUUCUGGCCUCACUGGACAACCACUUUCCUCCAUGGAUGCCGACUACUGGGUUCGCCACACUCGUGAAGCAGUGCAGUUCAAGGAUGCUGCGUCCUCUGCAUUUGCUGGAGGCGCCCGCGUGUUUGUGGAGCUGGGUCCCCAACCUGUCCUCUCGGCCUUAACGAUGGGGAACAUCUCCCAUCUCGGAGAGGAGUUGGUCUUCCUGCCCUCCCUCCGGAGAAAGGAGGCCGAGUGGACCACGCUCCUCGCCACCGUCGCCAAACUCUACGUGGCCGGCUUCAACUUCAACUGGGCCAACUUUGACCAGUAUUAUGGACGAAGCAAGAUUUCCCUUCCCUUCUAUCCCUUCCACCGCAAGUACUUCUGGUACAACCAGGGAAAAGAGCAGGGUUCCGGCGGUAGCGGCGCCUUGACCUUCAGCUCGGACAACUUACUUCACCCCUUGAUUGGCCACGCAUUCCCGAACGCGACGCCGGUCAAGAUUUACCAAGGGAAUGUCAACCCCGACAAGUUUGUCUAUUUGAAGGAUCACUGUAUCGGGGAAAAAGUGAUUUUUCCUGGAGCCGGAUACUUGGAAAUGUGUCUCGCUGCCGGGAAUGCCUCCACGUCCAUCCAGCUGGAGGGUGAACGGGUCCAAAUGUGCGCUAAUCCCGUGUCAAUUAGCAACCUGACGAUCCAUGCUCCGCUCUGUGUCGAUUCGACCGUCCACAUGCAAACCACUGUGCAACCUCCUGGGCUACUCGCGGAUGCCAAGGUGCAAGGUAAUGGCAUUGGAUUAGCACAGGCGACGGCGGACAGUGCGGGAGACAGUGAGUUGGCAGUUUUCACGAUUCGGGGAGGCAAGUGGGUGAAACAGGCGACGGCUUCCUUCUGCCCGUUGCCCAUGACGUACGUUCCGGAGGAAGAUCUCGUCUCGAAGGAUCCGCUCUCCGCCAUUUUGGAGCGGCUUUCUCCCGCAGAAGUCGACAUUAAGCAGUUUUAUGAUAAAUUGGCCGAAGUGGGCCUUCAGUUUGGACCCAUUUUUAGAAGCAUUGAUCAGAUUUGGAAGGGCGGUGAAAAUGAGUUGGUUUGCGAGGUGAGGAUUCCAGACGGGUCAGAGGAAUAUUUGAUCCACCCCGUCGUGCUGGAUGCCCUCAUUCAGAGCAUCAUGGUCGGAUUGGGACGUAAACUCGAGUCCCUCUUUGUCCCAAUUUCUGUCGGAAAAGUCGUCGUUUUCGGACAAAUGGCGGAAGCAGCGACGAAAUUGUACGCCCACUGUCACUGGAAUAGCUCCGAAUCUGCGGGGGAUGCGAGAACUUCCGUUUUGUAUGACGACACGGGGAAACUGCUGGCCUUGAUGACUGGGGUGCAAAUGAUUGAAACCUCGGUCGUGCAAAUCCUCAAAGCACUGGACAACCAGAAGCUCUCUCUUCCCGGAAUGUAUGAGGAGGCUUGGAGAGGCAAGACGGGAAUUUGGAAGAACAGGACGAACAUGCAGGCAAUUGCGCGCGACUACUUGUUCUCGAAAGAGUUUAACGACAAGAUAAAUUACUUCAAUACAAUCUCCGACGCCAAGAAGAACAGCAAACGGUAUCGCGAAGAGCUCGUUUUCAUGUAUGGACUCCGCGCCCUGUUCGAAGUUGGCUGGGUGGCCCCCUCGAAAGGAGGAGAAGUCGACAUGACCGAAUUUUUUGGCAAGUUGGGCGUCCUCAAGUCCCAUGACAAACUUCUUUGCCGUAUCCUCUCCAUCUUCACGGAGGAAGGUUUGCUCACCCGGAUGUCGAAAACGGUAUGGAAAGUUGCAGUUGAAUUUCCCAACGAGGCACAAGUUCACCAAAAGCUGAGAGAGUUGCACAACGAACUUUCAAAGGAGGGCAAAGAGGGUGCCCCCUUGGAGCCUGAUGCAACACCCGCCCUUCCGGACGACGUUCGUGUCAUGUCCGCUUGUGGGGAGCAGCUGAGCAAAAUCUUGCUUGGAAAGGCGUCCGCUCUGUCCAUCCUCUUCCCCGAAGAUCGAGACUCUGACGUGUCGGCCGACAUCUUUUACAACAACACGCCGCUGCUCUGGGCUGGAGGCCGGACACUCAUGAAAAUGAUUCUCAGUGAGACCUUCUCCGUUUGGGGUGGCCUUCCCGAGGAGGAGAGGGGGAUUCUGCGCAUUCUCGAGGUUGGUGGAGGCACUGGAAGCAGUACGCGAAUUUUCCUAGAAGUACUUGAAGAAUACGGGAUAAAAUACCAGUACACGUUUUCCGACAUUUCACCAGCUUUCUUUAUCAAAGCACGACAACAGUUUGACUCGUUUGGAAAGAAGCUGUCCUACAAAGUGUUGAACAUUGAGGAGGAUCCGAAACCACAAGGAUUUGCACCAGCCACCUACGACAUCGUCUUUGGCUCCAACGUGAUUCAUGCGACGAAAGAUGUGCAAGAGACGCUGAUCAAUAUUCGUCACCUUCUCAGAGACUCUGGCCUCUUCAUGAUGAUUGAGACCUUCCAACCCAAUCGGGACAUUGACUUGGUCUUCGGUGUGUUGGAGGGAUUUUGGCGACAUUCCGAUCACGACCUACGUCCCGAACAUCCCUUCAUUGGUGGUGACGAGUGGUGCGAUGUGAUUGCGCGGGCAGGUCACUCCAAAGUGCAAAAGUUUUACUCGUACGACUUCAUGAACGGCGGCGUGAUGGGAAAGGCGUCCGACCUGCUGCCCUUGUACAAAGUUCCGCAGCACACCGUGGAAAAGGAGAAGGUUUGGCUCGUGUUCGGAAACCAGACGAGUUUCAACACCCACUUGUCCACCCACUUUGGAAAAGCUGCCCGGAAAAUCAUGUUCGUGUCGAGAGGAGCCCAGUACAGCAUUCGGGAUCAAAACGGGAGCUGUCGGAUUGACCUGAGACCAGGCGCGAAGGAAGACAUGGUCGCUCUCUUCUCGUACUUGAAGGGCAACCAAGUCCCCGUGGAGGGAAUUUUGUACAUGUGGGGGAUUGAUCAGGCGGAUGAGGACCCGAGCCAAGUGGCGCACCCCUUCCUCUUCCUCGCCCAAUCCCUGCUCGACGACUACAAAGGGCUUCCCCGUCUCAUCGUCGUGACGGAGGGUCAGAUUCCCGUGAGUGAUCAGACUGCGGUUGGUGUGGCACAGGGCGUCCUCUGGGGAAUGGCGCGCUCCUUCCGGUCUGAGCACUCAAACAUGUUCGUCCGCUGUGUGGACCUGGAUCCGGACGAGCCUGACUUGGACCUCAAGUACAAAGAGUUGUGGGCGGAACUCUGGUUUGACGAUUACGAUUACCAAGUCGCAUAUCGUGCCAGAAGUCGACACGUUUGCAGAUUCGUGGUGAACAAGGACAUUCUGCAGCCACUCACGCUGCCAAACUCGGAGCGAUUCUCGUUGGUCCUCCCGAAAACGAGGAACAUUAAUGACCUGAGUUUUUGUGCGAAUGGAAAGCCGAGUCUGAAGGAGGGACAGGUUGAGAUUCAAGUUAAAUGCAUCGGCCUAAAUUUCAGAGACGUGUUUGUCGUCUUGAAACCGGACAAAGCGUUUGAAAAGUACAACACGGUCGGAUUAGAAUUCUCCGGAGUUGUUUGUGCCCUUGGACCUAACGUCACUCAAGUAAAGGUUGGAGAUGAUGUGAUUGGGUGCAACUUUAAAGGCGAUGCCCUCCCAUCUCACGCCAUUUGCGACUCUGAAGCCUUGAUCCCAAUGCCGGAGGGGAUGACAUAUCACGAAGCGUGCACGUUGCCUGCCGCUUUUGGCACUGCGUAUUAUUGUCUCGUGGAAAUAGCGAAUUUGCAAAAGGGUGAAACUGUGCUGAUUCAUGCCGGAUCAGGAGGCGUUGGUCUCUACGCGAUUCAAAUUGCGCUGGCAUUGGGGGCAGAGGUGAUCACGACGGCGGGGAGUCGAAGGAAACGGGCGUAUCUCAGAUCGCUCGGGGUGAAGCAUGUGUUUCACUCGAGAAAUACGGAUUACGGGCAUCAAAUAAUGGAGGUGACUCAAGGGAAGGGGGUCCACAUUGUCCUCAACUGUCUCACUUCACCGGGUUUUAAGGAGGCCUCGCUAGACGCCUGUGUUGAAGGGGCUCGUUUCGUGGAAAUCAGUAAAAUGGCGAUUUGGUCUGAAGAAGAUGUAGAGCAGCUCCGACCGGAUGUGAAAUAUUGGGUUGUCGACCUCACCACUGUGGCCUACACAACAUGGCGAGUACUUUGGGCCAACCUUCGAGAAUUUUAUGCACGAGGAUUCCUCAAACCAAUUCCAUACGUGAGGUUUGACGCUCAAAAUAUUCGCGAAGCCCUGACAUACAUGCAGAAGGCGAAGCACAUUGGCAAAGUGCUGAUCACGAUGCCGGAAUCCAAUCCUGCGGGUCAAAGCGACCCGAAAACUCACAUGUUCAACAACAAGUCGACCUACCUCAUCACCGGAGGACUGGGUGGGAUUGGUCUCGAAGUGGCCAAGUGGAUGAGCGAGUCUGGCGCUACUCACAUCGUUCUCGCCAGUCGACGCGAGCCCAAUGAACGCGCCGCAAAAAUGAUUGCCGACAUGACCGCGAAGGGAAAGCACAUUGUCGUGAAGUCCCUCGACGUGGGAGACUACGGGCAGUGUAGAGAUUUGCUGAGCGGGAUUCAGCGAGGGGACGACGACCUUCCUCCCCUCAGAGGAAUCAUGCACGCGGCCGGCUCGCUGGCGGAUGCAACCUUCACGAACCAAACGGUGGAGACGUAUCACACGGCAUUUCAAGGAAAAGUGCAAGGUGCUUGGAACCUGCACCGCCUCACGGUCGAGUUGGACUGCCGAUUGGAGCAUUUCGUUCUGUACUCCUCAAUCGUUUCUAUAUUCGGACCUAUUGGGCUCUCAAACUAUGCUGGAGCCAACACAUUCCUUGAUGCGCUGGCCCAUUACAGAAAUGCGGUGGGUCUCACUGCUCAAACCAUCAAUUGGGGGCAGUGGGCUGAAGUGGGUGCGGCGGCCAACAUUCACAUCACCGCGAUUCGUGCCUUCACCCCGUCCCAAGGUCUGGCCGGGUUGGAGGCUACGAUGAAGUCUCACAAACCACAGUCGUGCAUUUUGGAGGUUGACUUUGCGGCUCUGAAGAAAUGGACGGGACACGCGGUGGCUUAUUUGGACGAGAUGAAGAUUUCGAAAGACUCGCAAUCAACGGCCUUCAACAUCAAGAUUGAGCGAUUCUGGGACGAGUUCAACUCUGCCGCGGGGGAUGACGACAAGCAGACGGAAGUCGUGAAAGCCUACAUUGAGCUCAUUCUUCGACAGAUUCUCAAGUUCGACGAUGACGAGCCGAUCGACGAGAACCAAAACUUCAGCGAUAUGGGGAUGGACUCAUUGAUGAUGUUAGAGAUGAAAAACAUGAUGCAAACCAUGUUGGGCAAGGGGGUGACGAUGAACGUAUCAGCGAUGCAAGAGUUGACCACGGUGUCCAAACUGGUCGCCCAUCUCAAAGAGAUGAUUGCCACGAUGGGUGAUGAGGAGCAGGAUCAGGGACCCGUGGACUUUGACACCUUCUCGGAAGAACUCAUCGCCCUGAUUAACAAAGACAUGGUGUUGCCCGUGGACUCGUUUAGUCCGAGGGCAGACCUCUUGCCACCAGUUCCGAGGUCACAGAUCAAAAGCAUCCUGCUCACUGGUGUGACGGGUAAAUUCGGGCCGUACAUGCUGCGCAGCAUCCUUCAUAAAACGAGUGUCACCCGUGUGGUUUGUCUCAUUCGACAAAAGGCGCGAAAAGCUGCAACUGCGAGACUUCAGAGCACUUUGGAGUCACUCGACCUCCUGAAGGACGUGGACAUGUCGCGUGUCGAAGUUUUGGUUGGGGACAUUAGCGAGAAACAGUUCGGCCUGACACAAGCCGACUGGGAAAAUCUGGCCGACAAGGUGGACGCAAUUGUGCAUUGUGCAGUCAAAGGAAAUUUAAUGGACCCCUACACACGCUUCAAAGAUGGGUCUCUGGCCUCAAAAGGAAUCGACAUCCGAACGGUGAACGUUACUGGCACUCAGAACGUGAUGGAGUUGUCCUUGGUGGGCAAGCAGAUCAAGUCCUUCUUCUUCGCCUCCACACUCCUCGCCAACCAGAAAACGAACCCGGCUGACAAAACAAUGUGGGAAGACUGGUAUCCUGAGCAGGACGUCUUUUCCCUGAAAAACACAGGCUACCCGAUCAGCAAGUUCAUCUGCGAAGUUCUCCUCAAACAACUCGCAGAUCGAGGGGGCGUUCCUGUCGGCAUCUACCGUUUCCCCGCCCUCUUCGGCGAUUCCAAAACUGGCCACUUUUCCCUCAAGAAUAACCACGCCGCAACUCGGCUGUUGGGCUUCUGCAAACUUGGCGCCAUCCCAGCAAUUCCUGUUCCUAUUCAAGUCCUCCCCUCCGAUCUGGCGGCGGAUCUCUCUGUGGAAUUAUUCUGGAAUGACGAUGCUCCUCUCGGCGUUUACAACUUGACAAAUCCGCACCUCUCCUACUUCCACGACUUGCCCAAGGUGAGCAGCGAGGUGGGCUUCCCCAUCGAAAUUGUGGAAUGGGACGUCUUCUCCAAGAAGUUGAGCGAGAACGAGGAGUACAAGGCGCUGUUUCCCUACUCGGAGGUGGACAUGGAGGAAGGACGCUACACGGACUUCACCACCAGCCCGGCCGCUCUCCAAGCCUGGAUUCAGAAUCCGGACGGCUACUUCCCCUCGAAACGACUCCUCGCAGUCUUCCCAGAUUUAAAUGCACGUGUCGAGUCCCCCUUGGCCACCCUCAAACGAGAUCUGUCCUUCGCUGUGGACUCUGGAAUUUGCGCAAAAUUCGGAAUGAGUCGACAAGACGGAAAAUAGUGAUGUACAUACGCCGUCUAACUCGUCCAACAUGCAACGCAAUGGGAAUACAAACACAGUACCUUUACAAUUAUACUAGUAUAUAUAACGACCAAUUUAUAACUAUGCAUGUACAUAUGCACGGAGUACAACUUUAGUUAAUAAUUGACCAUGUGUGAAUAUGCAAUAGUGUAUUUUAUAUCUUUUAAAUCUUUCUUUCUAACAUAUUCAGUGGAGGAUGGAGACAUUGAGGAACAAUAAUCCGCCCGACCAACUUUUCUUUCUUUACUAUUCUUUCGUAUUUUUAGUGUAAAUACAGCAUUACAGGAUUUGUACAGGAUUUUGCAUAGUUUCUUAAAAUAAAAUGUACAAUGUUAUCGACCUGA